AUGACACGACUUACCAGAGCCAAAGCUGCCGCCCUGGCCGUCCCAGAAUCCCAAACUGGCGCGGUCAAGAAGGCUCUAGGCACGAGAAACACGGUCAACACAUCCGCUACCGCCAUGCAACGGAAACGAGCAGCUCUCGGCGACGUGAGCAACGUGUCCAAACAAGAGAAUGGCGAUGGUAAACAGCCCAAGAAAUCCUCAGCAUCUCGAGUCACACUCACCUCCAAGUCGUCGACUCAGACAGGAGGUGUACAGAAGGUUACCCGCACAAACACGACAAGAACAGCGUUGGGAGUCAAGGACUCGAACAAGAGAGAAACCACCACAGAGCCUAAACGCCCUGGAAGCGGUUCUGGGGUGAUGGGUGGACUGCAAACAAAACGUCACAGCCAGAAGCCUGUCCGAGCAGAGAGUGUUGUCAGCGAAGAGCCACCACGCAAGAAGCUUGAUAGUGGGAAGGAUACUCUGAAAACAGAAGAGACCUUGGAGGAGAAGCCGGAAGAGAAGUCAAAAGCUGAAGCUAAAGUCGAAGCCAAGGUAGAGGUCAAAGUAGAGGCCAAGGCGGAAGCUACGGUGGAUGUGGUGGAUUCUCAGGAGUCAGCCUUGGAUGAAAUCAAAGAAGAGCGUGAUGCCGAUGCCAUAUUAGACCUGGAUGCCGAAGACCUCUACGACCCAAUGAUGGCUACCGAGUAUGUCGCUGAAAUCUUUGACUAUCUCAAGGAACUUGAGCCACUCACCAUGCCCAACCCUGACUACAUGGACCACCAAGACGAACUAGAAUGGAAGAUGCGAGGCAUUCUGGUUGACUGGCUCAUCGAGGUCCACGCUCGCUUCCGCCUGCUCCCCGAGACUCUUUUCCUCACAGUCAACAUCAUUGACAGGUUCCUCUCCGCCGAAGUUGUUGCCCUUGGCAGACUCCAGCUUGUUGGUGUUACUGCCAUGUUCAUCGCGGCCAAAUAUGAAGAGAUCCUCUCCCCACACGUUGCCACCUUUACCCAUGUUGCCGACGGUUCCUUUUCAGACAAAGAGAUUCUCGAUGCUGAGAGACAUAUCCUCGCAACUCUCAACUAUGACCUCAGCUACCCAAACCCAAUGAACUUCCUCCGCAGAAUAUCCAAACCAGACAACUACGACGUCCGAACAAGGACUCUCGCAAAGUACCUAAUGGAAAUUAGCUUGGUUGACCACAGAUUUAUGGUAUAUCGCCAAUCACACAUUGCUGCCGCCUCCAUCUUCCUUGCUCGCGUCAUCUUCGAUCGCGGUCCAUGGGAUGCAACUAUUGCCUAUUACUCUGGUUAUACGAAAGAAGAAAUUAUGCCAGUGUACCAAUUACUUAUUGAUUAUCUCUGUCGGCCACCUGUUCAUGAAGCAUUCUUCAAGAAAUAUGCUAGCAAGAGAUUCCUCAAAGCCUCUAUAAUGACUCGACAAUGGGCAAAGCAAUAUUAUGCAAUGUACUUGAAGGCCAAGAACGGUACCUCGCGCGAACAAGACUCCAAGCCCAAGUCGAAAACCGCAUCAUAG